UCCAGGAAGUGAGGUUGGACCGUCUCCGUAAAGUUAGGUCUGUCCUCGACAUUCCGGAUCCAGUAGGAUCACGUGACUGAAACGAAAACUAAGUCCGGUGCAGUACAGAUGCCCGUGUCGUUAAGAAAGUCAGGGAAUCGCGCUAUGAGGCCCCGCCCUCAGGUCCCUCCACCCCCACCUCCAGUGAUUGUGCAGGUGCAUCUGAAGAAGCAUGUGUUAGAAAGUCCCUCCCUACUUGCUGCAGUGUUGGAGGAAGAGAAAACUUUCCGGGCAAAGCACUCCCUACGGAACAAGACCCAGCAAAAAACAAGUUCUAGAUCAUCUAAGUAUUUUCCCAUUUCGCUUACGAGAACAUUCACCCCACAAAACAGAAUUUCGAAGAAAAGUGAAGUUUGCUACUCCAACGAUGGACAACAAAUCAACAGCCACAAUUCGCUUUCCAGCUGUUUGAAGAAAUCGAAUGCAUCUUCUGAGCGGAACUCUGUCAUCUACCGAGGGACCACCUUCACUUUCACGGAGGAGCUGGAAAGCGAUGAUACCCUUAAUCAAUCUCUGACCAAAAUGAUUCGGGGAGUCGCUCGGUCUGUGAGGACGAGGCUCUCACGACGGAGGAAAGUCCGCCGAUGGAGUCCUUCUGUGGAUGCUCAGAGCUAGUUCGGUUCCAGCCUAUUGGAAACAGGGUAAACAGAGAUGGAUUCUUCUCGCCUCAGCAUAUUAGUAAUUAGGGUAAUUGGAAAUUGCGUCCUUCCGCUUCACUUUAUUGAAAUUGGGUUAAAUGGAGAUUAUUUUCUCCCUCUUCAGUCUCCUGGAAAUUAGUUUAAUUAUGGUUGAUUUCUCCAGCUUCAUCCUAUUGGAAAUAAGACUAAAUUUAGAUUGUUUUCCCGCUUCUGCCUACUAGAAAUGUGGCUAAGCUCAGAUGUUUCCCAAAGACAAAGAACUACUCUCUGCCAAACUUAGAUAAUUUUUUCAAAGACAAAGAACUACUCACUUCCAACUGGCUUCUACAUGUAUAAUUAUUAUUCAUGGUUGAGCCACUUUCAACGCGUUUUUGAGUUGAAGGUAGACAGUUUGGUGUUGUGUUUGAAUAUUGGCCAGUAAUGUUUUGGGAAAGAUAAAUGUCUGUUUCCAAAUAUCACGACCAUAUUUAUCUUUAUUAUACUUUUGGGAAAGUAGAAAUUUCCAAGUCCUUUUUAUAUGAGGUAGCAUAUUUAUAGAUUCUUUGUAGUUCAAUUUUUUUUCUGGCCUUGUAAAAUUCCUUCGUAAAGUUAUGGCCUGGACAAGUUUCUUUUAACCUGUUACUCUAACCUGUUAAUUUUUUCAGUCAAAUUAAUGCGUAGAAAUUGUUGGGAAUAAUGCCAAUAUUAAUUUUUAAUGCGAGAGUAAGUGUGAAAAGAAAGCGACAUGUUAUCUCUUUCGUAGAAGACUCAAGUCAUUAGAAAAGACUUAAUUGUAACAAUCACCUCAUUCAAGACUUGAAUGGUAAGUUACCUCAUUCAAGAAAUUUUAAAAUUUUAACAAUGGCGUCAUUAGAGGAGACCUUAGAUUUUAGCAAUCAAGUCAUAAGAGCAAACUUUAAAAAGAGCAAACUUUAACUAUGUAGCUGUCACAAUGCUACCCUUUGAUUUUUUUAUCAAAGAAUAUAUAGUAAGCAUCCUCCUGCAACAAAACCCGAACAACUCUAAAUUAGAUAAUCACUUUAGAAUAGAUGACAGUGGAGACUUAAUAGACUAAGGUGACAUAUUUUAGAGCAGUCUAAGAAACUGAAGUUUUUAUAGCAUGAGGUCUGAAUACUAAAUUCAGUAAGAUUCAAAAACAUUUGCUUCUCAGUAUACUAGGUAAUCAGUCUGCCUGUUAGACAGCAUUAAAAAAAGGCAUAGAAUAGAAGACAGAAGCAGGUGUUAUAGUUUCCUUGUUCUGGUUUUUUGCAAGUAAAGUUUUGCUUCAUAUUUGGCAAAAAGAGAGCAGAGUCUGGUACAUGCAGUCGUCGUUAGUUGGAGUUUAUUUGUUUGAAUUUGUAAUGGAUCCUUGCUUUUUUAUAAAUUAGUUGAACUAUUAUAGUAGUGCCUCUUUGGUUUGUUAAUUGUAAUGUGUACCUCUGUAUUUACCUUCACUAUCAAACUUUUGGCUAGGCUUUUAAUUGUUACUUAUCUUUAGUGUGAUUUGAUCCAUUUUAUUUUGUGCUGUUACUAGUUACGGUGAAUAGCGUGUUAUGCUUUGUGAUUUACUUAUCGACCAGGUACAUAAUUCGUAUGUAUUAGUUUGUUAUUAAUUGCCGCCAACUGUCAUUUGAUUGUGUUGUUGAUAAUGGCAGUUUCCUCGCACGCGUUUUUACCAUAGUGAGAGAGAAUGGGGGUAGUAUACCUUUAAGGAUUUUUUUAUUUUAUUACCUAAUGAAGUUAAGAAAGAGAGUGGCGUAAUCCCCAAACAUUAAACGGGGCAAUUUCAUAAUUUGUAUAAACCCUUUUAUGUUAUCACUUUACCCGAGAAGUGUUAGAUAUCUUUUUACAUUAGAAAGUUUUUAUUUUCAUGAAUAUUAAAAAUUUAACAGUCUGGA